AUGCCUAUCAAGGUCAACCGCCUUCCUAUCAGCGUCGCUGAUUUGAGGGUCUUCGAGGGUCCCAAGGAUGCUAUCAAGCUCGGCGUUCUCUUCGACAUCAACCACCGGUUUGGCAUCAAGCAGAUCGCCCAUAACUGGACCGUCAUCCACCCCAAUGAGCCGCAACUGAAAUCCUUGACCCUGUCAAACCGCCUGGUGAAUGCCAAGAAGAAGAUCACCAGAGACACCGGCAGGACCCACGACGAGCUGUCCCAGGAGCUCGAGGACGCGCUGGACCUUGUCGACUACAAGACCAACGGCAAGAAUAAGGAGGUCGAGAUCCCGUAUCAGCCGACCAGUCAGGCAGCUUCCGGCGCUGCUGGUCCCGCGCCACCACCGCCCCCGCCGGCCCCAACUACCGACGACACGGAUGACAAGGACGAGAACAAGAACAAGGUCCAGGCCGGUGGUGGGGAGGUCGAGAACGAGGAGAGUGACGGUGAAAAUGGCGCGGCGGGCAGCCUCACAGAGCAGCCCAAGAACAAGGGCAAGAAGCGAGCAGCCUCUGAGGACACCGAGCCUCAAGGCGAGAAGGAGGGCCCACCGUCGAAGCGCGCCAAGGCCAACAGCGCCCCAGGUGAGGAGCCGCCCGAGGGUGGCGAGACUGGCAGUGCUGUCGACGUUGCCGGCGGUCAAGACGCUGCCUCCCCUGAUGAGGGCGCUGGUGGUGAGGCGGCUCGCGGCGCGGAGAUUGACGACGACGACGACGCUGCCCAAGACGGUGGUGCUGGCGAGGCCGCUGGCUCUGGCGAGGCUCAGCGUCGCGGUGUUGUCUAUGGUGGCGCCGUCGAGACCACCCCGGGAGAUCCCAGCACUACUACUCCUGGCGCUGAGUGGAAUCCAACCCAAUAUGCCCCGUCCGUCCUCACCAACUCGAGGGAGGAUGUCGGCGGAGAGCCUCCUCUCCCAAAACUCCGUCAAGUCCAGUACGAGAAGAUGGGCUUGGAGGGCACUGCCCGCUUGCCUAAGAAGGAGCAAGCCAAGCUUGGCAAGACUAAGCUGGACUUCGUCUCCGGCGAGGGCAAGGCUGCUCAAGCUGGCCAGGACGUUCCGGAGGCUGAGGGCAACACCGAGGAGGACGUUGACAAGGACGCAAGCACCGAGGAUGUCGAGGAGGACGGCGAGAAAGAGAACGACGUCUAG